AUGGCAAGACGGUCAUAUUCACUGCUUCAAGCACUUGACUAUGUGAUGCGCUCAGAAAGCGAAGAUGACGAGGAAUCCGCUGCAUCUGAAGAAGAGGCUUCUUCUUCAGUCUCCUCAGAGAAUGACAGCAUCACUACCAGUGAUGAGGAUUACCAUCCAGUGCCCGAUUCCUCUUCUUCAGCAAGUGAGAAUGAUACACAGACAGCAGUCGAGGCAGAGCAGCUAAUGGCAGAGACGGUAGGAGAAGCGGCAGACGCCGGGGCGCCGGUGCCUGAGUGGAUGUCUCGUUCUGGGAAUAUUGAGUGGUUUCCCACUGCUGAGGAGACCAUGCGCGGGCCCACCCUGUAUGCAGUUGCCCGCAUUAGCACCCUGAGAUCUGCAUUUGACCUGUUUGUGACAGAAGAGAUCAUUCAGCUGCUGUGCACCCACACAAACCUGCAUGGGAGGCGAAAGUGUGAGGAUUGGAGGGAUGUGGAUGAUGUGGAGAUGAGAGCGUACAUUGGGAUUCUGAUUCUCGCUGGUGUCUACCGCUCAAGGCAUGAAGCAUCGCGUGGUUUGUGGGCUGACAAGACCGGACGGGCAAUAUUCCGUGCUACAAUGCCCCUCUACCGCUACGCCCAGAUCAGCGCAAACAUCCGCUUUGAUUACAAGCUCACCCUCCCGGGACGUUUCAGGAACGAUAAGCUUGCUGCAUUUCGCGUCCUGUGGGAAAAGUGGGUUGCUCGUCUCCCCCUGCUGUUCAAUCCAGGAGUUGACGUGUGUGUCGAUGAGCAGCUGGUUGGAUUCAAAGGUCGAUGUGGAUUUCGACAGUAUAUGCCCAAGAAGCCUACAAAAUAUGGCAUUAAAAUCUGGGUGACCUGUGAUGUGGCAACCUCCUAUGCUUGGAAGAUGGAAAUUUACACAGGAAAAUCACCUGGAAGUUCCCGGGAAGUUAAUCAGGGAAUGAGAGUUAUGCUACAACUGACAGAGGGGCUCCAAGGACACACUGUCACUUGUGACAACUUCUUUACAUCAUUCAGCUUGGCAGAGGAGCUGCUCAGAAGAAAACUAGCUCUGGUUGGCACAAUCAGGAGAAACAAACCAGAGCUCCCUCCCCAGCUUGUUCAGCUGAGACAGAGGAAGAUUCUUUCAUCUCUCUUUGCCUUCACCAAAACAACCAUGGCAGUCUCCUACAUGCCCAAGCGAGGGAAGAAUGUGCUUCUUUUGAGCUCAAAGCAUAGGGAACCAGCAGUCAGUGAUGGGGAAAAGAAGAAGCCAGCAGCAAUCCUUGAUUACAAUAGGUGUAAAGGUGGAGUGGAUAACCUAGACAAGGUUGUUGGCACCUACAGUUGUCGGAGGAAAACCGGUCGCUGGCCACUGGCUCUGUUCUACAAUCUUCUGGACGUCUCAGCAUACAAUGCCUUUGUCCUGUGGAAAGCAGUGCAUCCUGAGUGGGAGUCCACCAAGACCCACCAACGAAGGGUGUUCCUGGAGGAGCUGGGCCACAUGCUGGUGACUCCAGAAAUUGCAAGACGGCCUUGUGCCCCACGCUCAAAAGCAGCCGCUGCAAUUGUUGCUGAGAUACAGCAGUCAGGAUCGGAAUCAGAGUAUGACCCACAGCCCAUCAACAAAAUGAGGAAAAGGUGCGAACUGUGUAUAAACAGAAGAAGAACGGCAACCACUUGCUCCAGCUGUGGAAAGAGUGUCUGCAAAGAUCACUCUGCUGUGGUUUGCGUGUCCUGCCUUCCCUGA